ACUCUGCCAGGACUGCUCGCAAAUACCUCUGGGGCCAGAAGCCCCCUAGGAGGCCUCCUGUGUGAAGAGUCCCUGGCUUCCGGUUGCUGGGAAAUGCUCUUUGCUCUGGGCUGAGAAGCAGAGCGAGCGUCCUGACCAAGGGCAGGUCUGGCCAGGACAAACAGCGACGCGUCUCUGGGCAAGCUGAGUGAUGGGCUAUGCACACCCUCGAUGGGUCGAGACUACACACUUCUGUUCUUAAUGUGCAGAAUGCUCAGAAAAAUCAGAUAACUCAAGAGACCACCUUAGCCAAGGACUGUCCACCUGAACCCCAAGAAGAAAGAGGAGGAGAAGAAGAAAAAGAAGAAAAAGAAGAAGAAGAAGAAGAAGAAGAAGAAGAAGAAGAAGAAGAAGAAGAAGUCGAAGAAGGACACAAGACAUCUCCUCCACAAAUGCAUCAAGCCACCAGCAGCCUUCUCUUUAGCAUCUCUCAGAACACAGACCCCAAAUACGAAGAACAGAAUGGACUGGAAAAGGAAGAACCGACAUGUGAGGUCAAGGGUGAUGAAUAUCUUCAUUUGGAGCACGCUGGAAACAGAACUGGGAUGAUCAGCCCCCAGGGAUAUCGGUCCACAUGGGAGGCAACAACCACACAUCAGUGGAAGGGUCUCUGGACACCUCCGCCAGACCGGGAAUCCAAACUGAACGUGGUCAAGGUAGAAUCCCUCUACAGCAUCCGGGCUUAUAAAGGGGAGAAGAAGCCCUCUAGACUUCACGAUGACGAUGACGAGCAGCGGUACAAGAUUGCCCCCGAGGAGGUCACGCUGGAGACAGUGAAAGAACUCGAGGAGGACAGACGGAAGAUUAUCAAGAGCCAGGUCGUGAGGAGAAGCACCACCAUGGCCGAGCGGUGGAACUCCAUGGACGAGCUGGACGCCAUCCAUGCGGCCACCCUGGCCAAGGAGGCGGUCCCACCGCGAAGCUACUCCACGGGGUUCGCCAUUUGUUUCGACAGCCCUUCUCCCAACUGGGUGAGCAGCCCGGUCGAUCCCGAAAAUAUAGACACGGAGCAGAUCAAUUUUGUGGCCGCUCGCCAGCAGUUCCUCGACCGGGAAAAGGCAAAUUCGGGCAUGUUGCUGGGUCCCAGGAAGCGGGUGACGAAAGUGGCUCCGAGGAGAGGAUGUUGGAGCCCUGGAACAGUGGAAUGGCAGUGGGGUCCUGUGGGGGGCCACGACCCACGAGGACCAGGGGGCCCGAGUGAGAGGACCGGCCUUCUCAUCUUCCCGAGAGGAGGCGCUUCUGAGGAUGCAGGCACAGUGGACCAAAACCCUUAUGGGGAAUAUCUGGGAUCCACCCUGGGGAAAGCACCUCAGGACAUGAGCAGCAUUGCUCUGGACGGAAAAGCAACCCGGACCACGUUUAAAGAGUCUCUGGAUUCAGCAGCCACGGCCAGAGAAAGGGAGGCCCGUGAUGAGACACCCAUAGAACGGGAGAUCCGGCUGAGCAUGGAACGGGAGCAGAAUUUUUGGAAAGAGCGGGGAAUCCAACCGGCGAGCAGCAGAGAUGAGCUGGUGGAGAUCCACGCCAAGCCACUACUCCUUUCCCCGUUCUCUUCUCCAACUUCCUCCAGGAAGGGGAAGGAGAAGGCACGUGCUUCCUUUUACAUCCAAAGGGAGAUUGAGCAGGAAAGCAAGCGCGAGGAGAACCUCCAGAAGGAAAGGAAACUGCUGCAGAUGCGUAACGGGGGAUCCUGCCCACAGCCUGCGGGUCACUGGGAAGGUUUGGUGUACUGGCAGGAAAUUCCAUUCAAGCCCCUGAAAUUCGUGGAGCAGCAGCAGCCCCUGAACGCUGAGCCCGUGCCAGCUCUCCACAGCUUUGCCCCGGAGACCAGUGAUGGGCACCAGUGCACUGAGCAGACGAUGAGCUCGGGGGCUCAGGCCUGCCGGCCCUCCCCAGCCCCCGGUGCUGGCAUAAGACGACCUGCGGAUGAAGUGUCCUCCGCGAGUCACACCUUCACCAGUAGCAAUCAGAAGAUGAAUCCUUCUGCUCUGAGACCUUCUGGCUUUCGGGAGAGGCACCCGGGAGAAGGGUUUGUGCUACGGAAGGAACACUUCACCAUUCCGAUUCGGAAGGUCCGCUUCUUGAUUUCCGAAGACCAGAGCCUUCCCAGCAUGCUGAGGCGAGAGCAGAGGUCUGGCCAAGUCACUCCUCAGCAGGAGCUGUACACUCUCAAGACGUGGAGGGCCCGGACGUCCACUCUCAUCGAUCAAGAAAUCCAGGAGGAUUUACAGAGGGAGCUGGAGCUGCAGGCGCAGCGGAAGAAGGCCGGGCUGCACCUGGAGAUGGCCCCGAGCUCUCCAACUCCAUCUCAAAGCUCGGCUGCUUCUGGAAUUUCUGGCAGCUACUCCGUGUCCUCUUCACCCACCUUUGCUUCUGAUUCAUUCCCUGACCGCACCUCCCUGGCAAAGUCAGAGUGUAGCACAAGUGCGUGCCAGAGCCCUGGAAUGAGGCAGAGAGAAGCAGGAAAGUAUGCGGGCAUUGAACCCACUGAUGAAAUUGACAACGAGGUUGUGAAUGCCACCAAAGUGAUUUGCCAUAGGGGCCUCCGUGCUCAGCUCUGGGAGUCCGGGCAGAUCCACAAAGUCAGUGAUGAUGCUGAGUGAUCGCAACACCGCCAUCCCUCGGACCGUGGAAGGUCUACCAAAAUGUUCUCUUUUGCUUUACUGGUUUUCCUGGCUUUUAUUUUGGUUCAGUUUGUUUUGGAUUUGUAGGUCUUGAAUCCUGUUGGUCGAACUGCACCACACAGAGGAUGGAAAAGAUUGUGCCGGUUUGUUUAAAAGGUGCCGAAUCCAGGCACCCCCAUGCCUCGGCAGUAGGCAAAAGAAGCCAGGAAACACUUUGGUUCCCAUGCAUGACUUAAUGGUGGGACCUGCCUACCCCUUCUGCAAUUUUCAUUUCCGGCAGCACCCUCAAAGCAAAGACUAGGAUUUCCAAGCUGGCGGAAAUCCCCAUUCAGCACUGCCCAGAAGAAAAGGUGCUAGGAUGCAGUGGUGAGAAAUCCUAACACAUCAGCAAGACUACAACUCCCAUCUUCCCCAGCCCAGGGGAGGCUCCUUGUCCUUGUUGACCGCUCUACGAAUUCAGCAGGCUUCAUCCAGCUGGGCAAAGCCAGUCUGCCGAAGCAUGAGCUGUCCCACAGCCACAUGUUUCCAGGCAAGGUGCGGAAACGCAAACCUUGCUGUCGUUUUGCUUUCUGUCUGACUUAAACGCUGUUGAAAUGAGCAUGUUGUUUUUCCCAGCUUUCCUCAGGCCAUAAACUAAAAACAAGUUGCACAUCUUGGAGAAACAAUCUUAGUUUGUUAAUGGCUGUGAUCUUCUACUCUGACUCUUAACAUUUUUGUAUGAUGUUUGCCAUGUCCUUGUCGCCUUGCAUACACUUGUGUAAAAAGGUGCGACGCCAUGCAUCAUCUGCCACACCAGAUACUUGCAGCUUGCUCAGCUCCCCAGACAAUAUUUUUUUCCUUAAAAAGGGAGCUUGUGCAACCUUUGAUUUGUGCAUGUGUGUACUUGGUAAGACUUGAAAGAGAAAGUCAAAUACCAUUUUUGGUUUGUUUCAGACUGUGUACAAACAGCUGUCUAACAUGAAAUAAAUAAAGAAGCAUUCCUUCCUCUUG